UUUUUUAUUUUUUUUUCUCAUAAAUUAGGAUUUAGAGAGAGGGAAGAGAGAGAAAGAAAGAAAGAGAGGUGCUUUAAUGUCUGUGAAGGUAGGAGCUGUAUUUGGAUCCAGAAACAGAGCAAACCCAGUUCGAUAUCUGUCUCUUUCAUCUUCUCUAAAUAUCGAAAGACUUGAUUUUUAUUAGGGUUGUGGGAUUUGGGUAUUUCGCUUAAAUCUCUCUCUCUCUCUCUCUCUGGGGUUUGUGAGUGAUGAGUGUGUGUGUUGAUGGGUCGUUGGAUUGAGUUUGAUAAGCAAUGGUUGAUCAAAGAAGAAGCGCAUUGGGUUUUUUCUUGUGUUUGGUACUGUUCGACUCUGUUGUUGUUGCUGGCCAAACACGGACUCGAUUUAGUGAGAGACUCACUCUGCUUAACCUCAGGUCUUCUUUAGGGUUAAAAGGAACAGAUUGGCCAAUCAAAGGUGAUCCUUGUGGUGUGUGGAGAGGGAUACAAUGUGAGAACGGUAGUAUUACUGGGAUCAACGUUUCAGGGUUCAGAAGAACAAGAAUUGGUAAGCAAAACCCACAAUUCGCUGUUGAUCCUCUUCGUAAUCUUACUCGUUUGGUAUACUUCAACGCCUCUGGGUUAGCUCUUCCUGGGAGUAUACCUGAGUGGUUUGGUGUUAGUUUGUUGGCAUUGCAAGUGUUGGAUCUUAGUUCUUGCUCUGUUAGUGGUGCUGUUCCUUUUACUCUUGGUAACCUCACUAGUUUAAGGACUUUGAAUCUAUCUCAGAACAGUCUUACAAGUUUAGUUCCCAGCAGUUUAGGGCAGUUGUUGAAUCUAUCAGAGCUUGAUCUCUCUAAGAACUCACUCACUGGGACCCUUCCUCCAUCUUUUAGCUCUCUGAAGAAUCUCUUGACUCUUGAUGUUUCUUCUAAUUACCUUACUGGACCUAUCCCUCCAGGUUUAGGAACGUUAUCGAAGCUUAUCCAUCUGAAUUUUUCAAGUAAUAGUUUCUCCUCUCCGAUUCCUUCAGAGCUAGGUGGUCUUGUCAAUCUUGUUGACCUUGAUCUCAGCAUCAAUUCAUUGUCUGGUUCAGUUCCUCAGGAGUUGAGUAAGUUAAGGAAGUUGCAGCUGAUGGCGAUUGGAGAUAACUUGUUGAGUGGAACUUUACCAGUAGACUUGUGUAGUGCUGAGAGCCAACUACAAAGUCUAGUUUUGAGGGAGAACGUUAUCUCCGGUAGUGUACCUGAUAUGUGUUGGUCGUUGCCCAAAUUGAAGAUACUUGACAUUGCUAAGAACAANACAGCUUUACUGUUUAGUUUACUAGAUGGAGAAGCCCAUUUGAUAUUACUUGCUCCUAAUUUACUUGUUGCUAUAUUUCCUAGNUUGGUCGGGCAAAAUGUGUCUGUUACCAGUAAUUGUCUUCAGAAUGAGAGGAGACAGAAGCCGUCAGCAAUUUGUGCAGCAUUCUAUAAAUCUAGAGGGUUAGAUUUUGAUGAUUUCGGACGUCCUAACUCUACACAACCUACAUCAAAAAAAGCUUCUUCAGGGAUAAGCCACAGAACUGUAAUUAUAAUUGCAGCAGUGGCUGGUGGGAUUGGUUUUAUUCUGAUAUUUGUUAUUUUGCCAAUUCUUUUAGUUGUGUGUAUACGCCGAAGACGCAGAGCGGCACAAGGAGGAAAUGUUGACAGGCCUAAGCCUGCAGGGGAAGCUUCACAACAACCUCCUAAAGGAGCACAGACUUUUGAUUUGUCACGUCUUGGAAAUGCUUUUUCGUAUGAGCAGCUGCUUCAGGCAACUGCGGAGUUCAAUGAUGGCAGUCUGAUAAAACGUGGCCACUCUGGGAGUUUGUUUCGUGGUUUCUUGGAAAAUGGUACACCUAUUGUUAUAAAAAAGAUUGAUGUGCGGGAAAGUAAAAGUGAAGGGUAUAUAUCAGAACUGGAGUUGUUUAGUAAGGCUGCACACCAGAGGCUUGUGCCCUUUUUGGGACACUGCUUGGAGAAUGAGAGCCAAAAGUACCUCGUCUACAAGUUUAUGAGAAAUGGUGAUUUGGCUAGCGCUUUGUUCAGGAAACCCGACAACGAAGGUGAUGGAUUGAAGUCUUUGGAUUGGAUAACUAGGUUGAAAAUUGCUCUUGGUGCAGCAGAGGGACUAUCUUAUUUGCAUCAUGAGUGUUCACCACCUCUAGUUCAUAGGGAUGUACAAGCAAGUAGCAUACUUCUUGAUGAUAAAUUUGAGGUACGUCUGGGAAGCCUAAGUGAGGCAUAUGCUCAAGGUGAUGCUUAUCAAAGCAGGAUUUCUCGUUUACUUCGGUUACCACAAUCAACUGAACCAUCAUCUUCAGGUGCAGCAAAUGCAACAUGUUCCUAUGAUGUUUACUGCUUCGGCAAAGUGUUACUUGAGCUAGUAACAGGGAAGCUCGGGAUCAGUUCGCCAGACAACGCAAUAGCAAAAGAGUACAUGGAAGAAGCUUUGCCAUACGUCAGCACAAACGAGAAGGAACUAGUAACGAAGAUCAUAGACCCGUCAUUAAUGGUAGACGAAGACCUUCUAGAAGAAGUAUGGGCAAUGGCUAUCAUUGCAAAGUCAUGCCUAAACCCAAAACCAACAAGACGACCAUUAAUGAGACACAUUGUCAACGCACUUGAGAACCCACUGAAAGUAGUAAGAGAAGAUACCAACUCAGGUUCAGGCUCUUCCCGGUUAAGAACAAACUCGUCAAGAGGGUCUUGGAACGCUGCUAUAUUUGGGAGCUGGAGGCAGAGCGCGUCAGAUGUAACAGCGGUUCAAGCAGGAGCAACAACAAGUGGUAAUAAUGGUGGUGGUGGUAAUGGUUUGAGGAACUCGGGGUCGCAAGGAAGCAGUGGAAGGAACAAUAACAAUGGGAACUCAUCGUCAAGAAGACGGCAGUCUAGUGAGAUUGUGCCUGAACCUGCUGCUUAUGGAGUAGUAGAGGAUAAUUUAUGAUUCGUUUCAGUCGAUUCUUUGUGUCGAUAAUAACAGAGGCAAAGAGAGUCCUCAAAGGUAGCAUAAAUGUUAGAAGGGA